AUGGGAGCUCACUCGAACGAGCGGCCGCCUGUUCCGGAGGUGCACUUCUCGAUCGUCGACAGCGAGGCGUUGCUGCCACCGCACGUCGACAACAAGCUGCUCGAGCACUUUGGCUUCAAUGACGGCAAGCCAUGGACGCUCAUCCCGUCUGAAACCAUUCCGGCAGCUCAUCCCGCCCUUGAACCCGUCGCCUCGACCUCGACCUCGACCUCGACCUCGACCUUGCCCGCGACGACGACGACGACGACGACGACCGACUUGGACGCCGACUUGGACGCCGACUUGGACGGUGCGACGGCGAGUGAUGGCCUCACUUUUGAGCCGACCCACGACUCGAGAUAUCUCAGAUGGCUGCGUGCGUCGUCUCGCUUUAUGAUCGGGCGUCUUCCUUGAUCCGGAGACCUGACGACGUAGCACUUCCGCAUCGUGCUCGUCACUCAACGCCGUGCUGCCCCACCCCACAGAACCCAUGGAAUCAGAGCUCGCCCAUCAGGUCGAAUACGAUAUGGAUGAGCAAGGUCAGCCCAGCUCAAGAGCAUCAUUCUGAAAUGACCGCUGACGGCUCCCUGUUGGCUUGUGUUUUCGUAGACCAGGUGUGGCUCGACGGCAUCAACGCCUCGCGCAAGGUCGAUGGAGCAGGGCCCGUCUCGUACGAGGUCUUUGAGAUCAUCGUCGACAAGCUCGAAAAAGAGUGGUUCGAUCUGGUAAAUGUGCUCUCGUCGCGGUGAUGAGUUAUCCCAGCAGGCUCAGCUAAGAUACUCGUCCUCCUCCAGAUGAAGUCGAUCCCCAAAAAGCCCAACCCGUUGCUCGACACGGACAGCAAGUGCGCCAUUUGUGACGACGGAGAAUGCGAAAACUCGAACGCGAUCGUCUUUUGUGAUGGCUGCAACCUCGCCGUGCACCAAGGUUCGUUUGUCCCUGCCCCCACGUCGACCCGAUCCCCACAUGAGAAGCUGACUCCACCCUCCCUCUCGGUAGAUUGCUAUGGCGUGCCUUACAUCCCCGAAGGCCAAUGGCUGUGUCGAAAAUGCACCGUCUCGCCCGACAAACCAGUCCGCUGCGUAUUGUGCCCCAAUUCGUACGGCGCGUUCAAGCAGACGACGACCGCGCAUUGGGCCCACCUGCUGUGCGCGAUCUGGAUCCCCGAUACGGGCGUGAGCAAUACGGUCUACAUGGAACCGAUAGAUGGAGUCGAGAACAUUUCGAAAAGUCGGUGGAGGCUUGUGAGUGUUUUGCCCCGUUACACAUUUUUGCCCGGGGGAACGUUCGCGCUGAGCCUCUCACUUGGGCGCAGAUCUGCUCUCUCUGUCGACAACGCGUCGGCGCCUGCAUCCAAUGUGCGAAUCGCAACUGCUUCACUGCGUUCCACGUCACAUGCGCUCGUGAUCAUGGUCUAGAACUCAAGAUGAAACAGCAGACGGGAACCGGCGAGCUGAGGGCCUACUGCGAGAAGCACAGUGGGGUGAGUGGACGCUCCACGUACUACGUGUGCCACGCAGGACACUAAGCUGACCUCGCUUUCAUGCAGGGUUUCACUGCUGGCUCCGUCACCCCACUCGGAACGUCUCGUGAUCGACCUGGCCGAGCUUCCCUCGGCGCUCACGCUCCUUCGCUUUCUACGUCUCUCCAAGUCGUCCUCGCGAACCCGAAAGCUGCGUCAUUUUCCACCAAAACCCAACGCGCGUACAAGAAGAGCUACACUUCUGGUCCACCGCUCGUCCCGUCCUAUAUACUCGAUCGAGUCAACGCGUACGUUUCGAGGAUCAAGAUUGCGAACAAGCGCCAGUUCAUGAAUCAGCUCUGUCGGUAUUGGAGCUUGAAACGCGAGUCGAGGAGGGGCGCACCCCUUUUGAAGAGACUGCAUCUCGAGGUGAGGUUGAUCUCGAGUAGAGAUGAUGGGACCCUUGGCUCAUCUCUCAAACGUCGUGCCUUUUUUUUUUUUUUUUUUUUUUCACAGCCUUGGACCGCCUCUGCUUCGACGCGACAACAAUCCGAUGUGGAACGAGCGAAGAAACUCGAAUUGAUGCGACUCUUGCGCGAGGACUUGGAGAACGUUCGGAUGUUGACCGAACGCGUGCGGAAACGUGAGCGCAAGAAGCUCGAACGCGCGCAGCUCUUGAGUCGGUUCGUCGAACAGCACGUCUUUGCGAGGGAGGGCGUGAUGGGUGAUUUCAUUCGCAGGGUCUCAGAGUGAGUCAAAAGGAUCGAAAUACGGUGUGUGGAGGAAAGAGAGCUAUGGAAUUGAUACGAUCUUGCGGCACUUUCAUAGACUUGACAAACAUCGAUUCUUCGCCAAACCCGUCUCACGCCGCGAUGCGCCCGAUUACUACGACAUCGUCAAGAACCCGAUGGACUUUUCCCAAAUGACGGACAAGCUCGCCCGUCGCGAAUACGCCAGUGCCGAAUCGUUGCUCGUCGAUUUCCACCUCAUCUUCGACAACGCGUUCUUGUACAACAAGAAGGAAACGACCGUGCACCGCGCCGCGUCCAAGUUGUUGGAAGUGUCCAAGUCGCUCGUCGAGGAUUUGAAGAGGUUGGAUGAUCCGAUGAGCGAUGAGAAUAUUUUGGGCAGGCAUUUGGACCUCGUCUUGACCGAUGAGGUCGUCGAUGCCUUGUUCGAAUUCGAGCCGGCCAAGUUAGAGGAGGGUAAGGGGGUGGUGGCGGACGUCGUUAUGCAGUUGCCGCCGACUGAAGCGGAUCCAGCCGUUCAGGAAGCGAGGAAGGAGGAUGCGAUGGGAGAAGGCGCUACGACCAAGGAGCUUGACACGACAACUGCAACGCAGGCGGCAGACGAUGCAAUCAUUCCGACGACAACGAGCGCAGCAGCAGAGUCGAGCGUUCCCACACCAGCGACGACCAAAACCACGCCAAACGAUGAUCACAGCGCAGCCGCCGUCGAAGCCGAAGCGGUUGCCGAAGUCGAUCCGUUACCGAAGGCCGCGACGAAGGGUCCCAGCACCAGGGAGGACGUCGUGAUUGAGGAGACUUCGGCAUUUCCCGAUCCUGCCCCGCAUUCGACUGAACCUACACCUCCUUCGACUCGAACUGCUUUGAGUGCAGCAGUUCCCGCACAGGCAACGGAGGAGGUUGCUCCCGCCUCGUCGAAGAAGGCUGCGGCUCGGAAAAGGGCGACUUCACCGACCAAAGCGACCUCGCCUACCAAGGCGGCGGCGUCGUCGACCAAGGCUGCUCCUCCUACGAAGCCGAAUGCUCCGAAGAGCAGUGCCAAGGAUGAAGCGAUCACCAAGACGACAACCGAGUCGACUACCAGCAAACCAGCGAAUGCCGAGGCGGUCGUCGAAGAAACUCGCGACGAGGCCGGACCCAGCGCGAUAGUUGCUAUGGAAGUUGAUCCGCCCGAGUCCGAGUCCGCGGCGGAAACGCCCGCUCCGGAUCGUCCUCUCGUCGAAGCUGCAUCAACGCCGACUUUGACUGUAGCCACGACGGGCGAGAUCGGCAAAGCUCGUUCACCGACACCGCUUCCACUUUUCUCCGAAGAUUCGACGAUGAGCGAAUUGUCCUCCGCUUUAUCCUCAGCGGAGUCCGAAGACUCGGGCUCGGCGGAAUCCGAGGAUGCGGAAAGUGAUUUCGAGAGGGAAGUCGAGGACGUUGAUGAUAUGAGGUCGUUCAAGAUGUUCGACUCGGGGUGGGUCCUACCUGAAGGAGCGUCGAGGAAGGCCAAGAAUGCUGUCGUUGAGAAGGGGAAGGGUGGACAGAAUACGGCAUCUGAUGUUGAGGAGAAGGGGAAGGGAAAGGAGAAGGAGGACAUGAAUGAUAAGGGGCCGGCAAAGGGCAAGGGUAAAGCGAAGGAAGUCGAAACAAAGGCGCAGGAGCAGUCCGACCCGGACGCGCCUCCGAAGAAGAAGAGAGGCCGACCUCGCAAGAUCCCGAUUGAGGAGGUUCAAGAGUCCAUAGUCGAACGCGCACCGCAACCCUCAACUGCACCCGCACCGGUGCAGCCUCCCAAGUCGACCAGGCCCGAGUCGGCCUCAUUUGAUACACCGAAGAAGGCCUCGGGGCCUCCGCAAGCACCGCCGACACUCGCCGAACCUACAGAGGAUGCAGCAGCGGAGGGCAACGAUCAGGCCAAAGAAUCGACAACGACAGGCGCGACCACGAAGAAGGCGAGACCACCCGCCAAGAUUCAUGGAACCUUGUCGAUUGCCUCGACUGUUCGCCGCGUCGAGGUCGAAAUGGCGAGCAAGGGCUUACCCGCCGUGCCCAACCCAGCUGCGGUGAAAAAAGAGGAUGCGGUUCGUAUUGAAGCAUGGGAGACGGAUCUGGCACGCGUCGAACGUUCCUCGCUCGUCACCGCCGACACGCAACUAAAGGAAGGUGAUUUCGUCUGGGCCAGAUCGCCCGGAUUCCCCUUCUUCCCUGCCGAGGUCCUCGACUACCCUUUCACUACCCCCGAAACGCGAGAGCAGAUGCGGAGCCAUCGCCCCAAGAAUGCCGAAGCGGACGAGCUCGUUCCAAUUCUCUUCUUUGACCCGUAUCGUACCUCGAGAUGGGCCAAAAGGGACGACUUGAGGCUCCUCGGUACGAACGACGAAUUCGACGAGAUGUUGGCGACGUACGAUGCAAGUUUGAGGUUGAUCUUUAGGAGGAAGAUGAGCAAUGCGCAUCCGACGGCGGCCAAGCUUGCUGAAGAGAUUGGUGAGGCGCUGACGUGGGCGAGGGCGAUCAAGUCGGGGUCGGCGGAGGCGAGGAAGAAGGCGCGGGUCGGCAAGUCCAAGGAGGAAGUACGAAAUGGCGAGGGAGAAGAAGAUGCUGCAGAGGAUGAAGACACGGCGGGGCCGACCGAUCCCGAGACGAAGAGGAGGACCACUCGAUCAACGUCAAUGUCAGCGUCGACCGCAGGCAGAAAGCGAACACUCAUCGAGAGGGAUGAGGCUGAUCACGAAGAAUCGUCAAGGGGCCCUGCGACAAAGAAGACCAAAGUAUAG